GCCCUUCCUCGCCGCCAGGCUGCUGGGUCUUGUCGGUCCCCCUCCUCCUCCGCCCUGCUGUCCUGACUCUCUCUCCCUCCUUCCUUCAGAGGAUGUCCUCCUUCCAGCUCAACCUCAACCCACUCAAGGAGCCGCUCGGCUUCAUCAAGGUCCUCGAGUGGAUUGCUUCUAUCUUUGCUUUUGCCACCUGUGGAGGUUUUAAGGGCAAAACAGAAAUUCAAGUGACUUGUUCUAAACCUAAUGAAACUAAAACGAUCACAGCUGCUUUUGGCUAUCCAUUCAGGUUGAAUGAAGCAUCAUUUCAGGGAUCUCCACAUGCAAACGUGUGUGAUGUAAAUUGGAAUAAUUACGUCCUUAUUGGAGAUUACUCUUCUUCUGCGCAGUUCUACGUUACGUUUGCAGUCUUUGUCUUCCUGUACUGCCUAGCUGCCCUUCUGCUCUAUGUUGGUUAUAUGAAUCUGUAUCGGGAUAGUCGAAAACUUCCCAUGAUUGACUUUGUUGUUACUCUUGUUGCCACUUUUCUGUGGUUGGUGAGCACUUCAGCCUGGGCUAAAGCUCUUACAGAUAUUAAAAUAGCUACUGGUCACGGUAUUGUCAAGGAACUUCAGCCUUGUAGCCCUCAAGAAGUGACGUGUUACUUUGUCUCUGUUACUAGUAUGGGAUCCCUAAAUGUGUCUGUGAUCUUUGGCUUUCUGAAUAUGAUACUUUGGGGAGGAAAUGCAUGGUUUGUGUACAAGGAGACCAGUUUACACAGUCCGUCAAACACUUCUGCUUCCCACAGCCAAGGAGGUAUUCCACCUCCUUCUGGAAUAUAAUUAAAGGGAGAAAUACACUGUAUGAAACAUAUGUCUAUACUUUGACCUGUUGCCAACAUCUUGAGAAGCAUUAUUUGUUUCUAAUAAAAGUAAUGGCUUUUUC